AUGCCGCAGCAAUCAAGUCACUUUGGCCGCCUGGUGGAAUUCUAUGCCAAAAAGAUCGACCAAGUAGAACGACAUAACACCAUCAAAGAAGUUCAGCAAAACUCCAACCAACGUGGCUCGGGACGAGGAAAUGACAGCUGGACAAGAGCAUCGAAAAAUCAACUCUUCCGCAGUGAGUUCAAACUACAAAAUGGUGUCAACGCGGGAUCCGAUGAUGAUAGCGUCAUUGCAGCAACCGUUGAGGGCUUCCUACAGCCACCACCCGGUAGCGUCUAUGAUGAGCAAGGGGGCAAGUGUCGUUUUCGCAUUAAACUCGACUACACCUACAAUCCAACAAAUAAAGCACGGUCGUCGCUGUCGUCCUUAAAUGGCCUCAAUCUUGACAGCCUUGCAGAGGCACUGCAGGUAGACAGAUCGAACCUACCCGAAGACUAUCAACUAGAUAUCCUGUCAAAAUUGAAACCCAUGUUACAUGGGUUGACGGAAGUUCUUUCGGGGGAGUCCGGAUUGCACGCGUGCCCGAGCGUCUUACGAGCAUCACAGGGGUCAGUGUCUCCGUCCGUCAUGUCCGCCAAAAAAUCCACCCCAGCACAUUUAUCCAUCGGAAUGCCGAAAAAGUCUGCGCCCAGUCUGGUCUUCCACCAAGCAGCCCUAAACGAAACGGAUAAUGGAACUGUCGAGAAGACCUAUGAGGUUGAAGAUCAACCAUCAACUGUUGCCGCUAAGGGGCUGCAUACAGCAUUCGGAGGCGCCAAUAUAGAUCCUACCAAGUCGGCUGACGCAUAUGCCUUGACAGCAGAGAUAUCCACAUUACCGGAGCAGAGUUCAGGAGAGGUGGGGACUUCAAACUUGACGGAGGCCGUAAAACCGUUAACAUCAUCUAUCGUGACGAGUGCAGUGCAAUUCUUGGUCCUAGAAGAUGUUGUCAAGAGCAAGCAGAGUGCCCAAGAAAGAUUUCGGACCAGUCAGGGCUCAAAUGUACAGGACAGACCUCUUACCAAUGGUAAAAAGCGUUCGACUUCUGCUCAAGCAAAGCAGCAAUCUCUGGCCUCACAGGGCACGACCGAGGAAAUUAUAAUCGCGGACGAUUAUUUCGCCAGAGAAGACGAAGACGAGGAGACGAAGGAGGUUAACGCCACCAUAGAAUGCUCUAGGACAGAUGUCGCGAUAACUGGGCCUCUCUCGAUUCCCAGACUGAAUGCGGUUGGUGCUGCACCACUCAACAAGGACUGGCUGAAUGACAUUGGGUUUGAUGAGGAUAGCACAAUUGGUGGCCUAGACUUCUCCUGGUCGACCCUCGAGUCAAUGGGAGUAAUAUCUAUUGCGACGCUAUCCAAUAAAAACCCAGUGACCGCGAUAAAUAAGGAGUCUAAUGAUGACUCUCUUUUAGUUCAGGUAGAAGCGGCGAAAAAAGAUGCGCCCGAACACCUCAACAGACGACGUUCCCCCUCAAGCAGUCCGGGACUUUUAGAACAGCGGAAAACAACGGGAACGGUAGGCUUCAACGGCCGCCCUUCUGCAAAGCCAUCAGUAACCGGGAAGGCCUCCAGCGUUGUCCGGCCAGAUGACAUUCUCUUUAACCUUCAUAUGGAUUCGGGUGGCCCUAGCAAGGAGAUGUCGUCCGUCAACGUGGGAUUAAGCAUGAAUUUCGGGAAGCCGGGCAGCCUUAUGCCCCCACAGCAGGAUCCAAAUGAGGCUCCGAUAGGGUACUCUCUGGACUCUGCGUUAGCAGCGCGCGAUCGAAUUUCCUUCGACUCCCAAAAGAGAGUGUCUGGUGCGUCUGCUCUUGGAGGCCCAGAGGAAUGUGAUGGGCCCGAAUGCCCGAGACAGAAUCAACCCAGCAUCAACUCAACAAAUACUAAAGCGCUGUCUCUGUCCCUACCGGAUGGGCCAUCGGGUUUCAGAUCCUCAUCCAGAAGUGGCGGCAGUCAAGUCGUUCCAGCGGAGCGCUCUAGUCGAUGGUCCGGAGGACCUGCCGUUACCAGCGUCAUGGUGCGUACUGUCAUUCCCGCCCCCUCCUGGGCUGUGAACACUGAAGACACAGACGGGCUCAACAGAACCUCCUCGAAGGUCACGCUGCCAGUGGUACUGCAGGAUCAAGGGGAGAGAGUUUCCCAAAGGCCUACUCUCAACUCUAUUGUACCAAGAACAACAACAAUAACGACAGGUCCAGUUAUGAGGGGGAGUCAGCAGGAGGUAGAUGUGGAGGCUCUUGGUGUGCCGCACAGCAGUGUGAUUAGUCAUCCCGGUGCUAGAGGCAGCGCCGCAGUCACAGCGGAAGUAACAAGUCUCCGCGGCACCAACGGACAGACGGAGGUAGUAACUCUGACUUUCAAUGAACAGCCCCCGGAAUACUAUGAUGACCCAAAUUAUGUCCCGAGGGAAACAGUGGAGGAGUUGAAAGAACCCCUACAUCCCGCGGUGAAGCUUAUGAUGCCACCUAUUACAGCAGGCCAUCCGGAGAGCAGGCACUAUCUUGACCAGGCCAAUGCCAUGUACUAUGAACUUCCGCCAAUGGAUUCCGUUGUGGAUGACAUCAACGCCGUGUAUGUCGUGCAAACAGACGACGCUCGAACCACAAAGCUGUCUGUCAAGGUUCCGCCACCGUCUGAGGCUAAACCGAGCUUAAAACGGACGGACACGCCCUGGGCUACCACCGCCGGGUCACACGCCGCACACAGUAUUCACGAUGAGAUUGAGUUGAACAGCCCUCGACCUAGUGAGGACGCAGCAGCUGCAAGGCAGCCUUCCACCGUGUCCUCCUUCAAGCCGUCAAUUAGAAACAGCAAAGCUGCGAGCCUGGCGCAGGGUAAAGGCACCCGCACCACCAAAUUAUCCCUCGCGGUAUCACACGUGUCUGAGAGUAAACCAGGUUUGCGAAGAAGGGACACACCGUGGACAUCCCAACAGCCCUCCAGUGAGGAUGAGGAGACCGGGGCUACUGGUCAGCCUGCCAGCCUCAGGCCAGAACGGACUUCACAGGUGUCCGGCAGAGGGCGCGACAAGGGCUCCCCGCCAGUCUCACAGGAGCGGGCUUCCAGCAAUCGCCACAAUUUGUUGCCAGUCCCGGUACCGCAGGCACCGCCGCCAGCAUCACCGAAGAGGUCAACGGGCAGCCAGGUUAGUCCGCAGUCCAACAGCAAACUGCACAAUACGCAGUGUAUUCACAAUGUCAGACGCGGCGUGAACGCAAUCUGCUCGCAGUGUCGCUGCGGACCAGUCGUCAGGCGAUGUGAAACCUACCGGUGGAGUCCUGGUACUUUUGCCCGUCUACCGCCACCAACUAACGGCAGUCCAGUGAGGCGACCUUGCAGGCCUAUUGACAUCCUGGGUAGGCACCAUGGUUAUUGCUGUCAGCUGCCAGUGGACACCGGAGUCCGUCAGAAGUGCGUUUAUACCAAUGAUGUGAGGCUGAAGGGGGCAAAUGUCAGUGGCAGUUGUGGACUCUGCCCAGCCGAACGAGUUCCACUGCAGUCGAAUAAUGAGGCUCACCAGGGCCCUGCUCAUGAUGGCCUUGCAGAGGGGGUGGGCCAGCGUGAUAUUACUGAUAAGACGUCGUCCCACUUUGCCACUAAGAUUGCGCUGAACACAGAACCUGCAACAGGCAUGAGUCGGUUCGUCUGGCGGCGGUGUCCUGGUCCAUGGGCGAGACGGGGAUCAGGUCAGGGGACGACCCACAUGGGAGGCGAUGGAGCAGAGUGA